GCUGGGUGGGGAGAGCGCGGCUCCUGCGGGGACCAGCCUGCGCUGCAAGCGGCAUCUCCUCCGGGCAGCAUCCAGCCGCCAGCCGGGCCGGAGAGAGCGGGGAGGCAGGCAGGCAGGGAGAGGCGGAGAAAGACGGGGAGGCGGCUCGUGCUAUCCCGCUGCAGCGCAGCCUCCUCCUCCUCCUCGAUGUGCGGAGGCAGGAGGAGGAGGAGGUGGCGGCGGGAGCUGCAGCUGCGUCUCCGGCGCUCGCUGCCCGCACGCUCCGGGCAGCCGUGAACCGAGAGGGCUGCCGAGCUCGGUUGCUGCCUCUGUGCUGCGCCCGCCCGCCCGCCCAGCCAGCCGACUUGCCUGCCUGAGCCUCCUGCAUCCCUGCAUUUGCUGCUGCUGCAGAGGCUUUUCUGCCCCCCCCUUCUCUUCAACCCCCCCAACUCUGGCUGCAAGUAAAGUGUCUUCAUGAGCCCCAAGGAUGUCCGGCAAGCAUUACAAGGGCCCCGAAGUCAGCUGUUGCAUCAAAUAUUUCAUAUUUGGCUUCAAUGUCAUUUUCUGGUUUCUAGGCAUAGCAUUUCUUGGAAUUGGACUGUGGGCCUGGAAUGAAAAAGGAGUUCUGUCCAACAUCUCCUCCAUCACGGACUUGGGCGGCUUUGAUCCGGUUUGGCUUUUUGUCGUGGUGGGGGGAGUUAUGUUCAUCUUGGGCUUCGCGGGAUGCAUCGGGGCGCUGCGAGAGAACACAUUUCUUCUCAAGUUUUUCUCAGUAUUCUUGGGAAUCAUUUUCUUCCUGGAGCUCACGGCUGGUGUUCUGGCCUUCGUCUUUAAAGACUGGAUCAAAGACCAGCUGUAUUUCUUUAUCAACAACAACAUCCGGGCAUACAGAGAUGACAUUGAUUUGCAAAAUCUCAUAGACUUUACGCAAGAAUAUUGGCAGUGCUGUGGGGCUUUUCAGGCAGAUGACUGGAACCUCAACAUCUACUUCAACUGCACAGACUCCAAUGCCAGCCGAGAGCGCUGUGGAGUGCCCUUUUCUUGCUGCACUAAAGAUCCUGCUGAAGAUGUCAUUAAUACUCAGUGUGGUUAUGAUGCCCGGCAAAAACCGGAAGUUGACCAACAGAUUGUUAUCUAUACAAAAGGUUGCGUCCCCCAGUUUGAGAAAUGGCUACAGGAGAACUUGACUAUAGUAGCCGGCAUAUUCAUUGGAAUUGCAUUACUCCAGAUAUUUGGGAUAUGUCUAGCUCAGAACCUAGUUAGUGAUAUAGAAGCUGUCAGAGCGAGCUGGUGAACUCACUGAUACAAGCAGCACAAGACACUGGACCAUCUCAGCUCUCCAAACCUCCAACUGGAAUGCCCAGUGGACACCAAGCAGCAUAGAAACAUGAUGGGGAAGCCCAGGUGGUUGUAACUUUAUCGGGCCCUUGUUUAUUCCAAGGGAAGCAGCUACAGCCACCAACUCACUGACAAACUUUCUCAAGCCUCCAGUCCGAAAUUUUUUGAGCCGUGAAUCUCUACUGUAUUGUUGACUCGAGUCCCAGGUGGAAGCUCCUCCUUCCUUUUUGUGGCAAAUGGUCUGUGUUGAUGGGACCUCAACCACCACAACCGAGUUUAGUGGGUUUGCUCUUUGUCCUCCGUGACGCAAGUUUGUCUGUGGCUGCCAUCGGCAAGGCAAUUUUCCUCUUCAGUGCGCUCCAAAGGAAUGGUGUGUUUUCAGCAGACAAAGAGGCUUCAAAGUCCUUCUGGAAGAAACCCAUCAAACAGAAAACCGCUUUCUACUCCUUGGCUGCCUCACUUGAAAGCAAGAAAUAAUCACUUUUCCUCCGGAGCGUCAAGAUCUGCCUUGCAGUGCCCUCUGUUGGGGGCCAAGAAUUUCUCAUCCUCUUGCAGCCCUUUUCUAGGAAGACAAAUGAAUGUGAGGCUUAAAGGCAACGAACUUUGUGAAAAAGGUGGUUGCGACCACUUAUUAUAACUUUUAACAGAUGGCCGUGUAUAAAGAAUGUGAAUGGUGACGUUUUGGACCAACUUUGUAAUAAAGAGAACGAGAAAUAUGGUGAACUUAAAAGGAAACACAUCACAGUAUACCAAAUUUUAUGGGUAAAAGUAUGGAUUUUGUGGAAGUACAUUUAUUUGGUAUAGUCUUUGGUCUUUCAUUGUUGUGGUAGACACAGUUGGACAAAUGUAUAAUGUCCCCCCCCCCCCCCCCCGAUUCCUCCUUAAGUGGAACUUUUGCUCCCGUUCUUUUCUUGCAUGUGGUUGCCUUUAAUCUUUGGAAUCCGUUCAGUGAGGCUUCUUUUUGUAUCUGUGUUUCUAAGUAGGCUUCCAAUUCUAACUUGCUUAUUUAUUUGACUAAAAGUGGCUGAAAUGGC